CCAAGAUCAACGGUCCCUAUUUACUCGUCACUAUAACCCAUCUCUUCACUUUAGCCCACCUGACGGCCGCACUAUCUGUCUGUAAUCAGAUCUCUCUCUCUCUCUCUCUCUCUCUCUCACUUUUUCUAAGUCCCAAUUUCUAUUUGAAAAAGGUUUUGCAAAAAUGGCAGAAAACAAAGGAUUGAGGAAGCCUGUAUUCACCAAGGUUGAGCAGCUGCGACCGGGAACUAGUGGGCAUACUCUUACUGUGAAGGUCGUUAGUACAAAGAUGGUCUUGCAGAAGGGCCGUGCUGAUGGUCCUCAAAUACGCCAAAUGCGUAUUGCUGAAUGCUUGGUUGGAGAUGAGACUGGAAUGAUUAUCUUUACUGCUAGGAAUGAUCAAGUGGAUUUAAUGAAAGAGGGAAGUACAGUAACACUUCGCAAUGCAAAGAUUGACAUGUUUAAAGGAUCAAUGAGACUUGCUGUGGACAAGUGGGGCCGUGUUGAAGUGACUGAACCUGCCAGUUUUACUGUGAAGGAAGAUAACAACCUAUCAUUGAUUGAAUAUGAACUUGUGAACGUUGUUGAAGAGUGACUACUAGUUGCGGUGUUGCCAUCCUACUAGAUGGUGAUCUGAGAAUAAAAACAACUCCAGCAAAGCAAAUUAUGGUUAUGGGACAUGUGUUGUCCAAAAUGCCUGUGAAAGUUCACUUUUAGGAAGAGAAAUCUGCAAGCUAGUACUGCACAAGUUGCUUUUACCUUCGCGGCAGAUCCAGCAGAACCCUUUGAUUGGACUUCCAAACAGACGGUGAUGGCUGUAAAAUUGAUGAGUUGAAGCAGCUGGCUUUGGAAACUUGGUUUGGUAUGCUUGCAAUCUAUCUAUUUUUGGACAGUAAUUGAACUUGUGCUAUGUGAGCGUAGAUAUAAAUCUAUCAAGUGUAUGUUGCAGUACUAAGUUAUUAUGGUUCUUGCAUGCUUAAUCUUUCACAUACAAGUAUUAUCAUUAGCUUUCA